UGAUGGCAGAACUUCCAAGUCCGCUGGCAGUCGUGGUGCGAAGCAAUCAUUUCGUGCUUCCGCACCAGAAGAACUGCUAAAUGAUGCUGCGAAGAUGAAGACGAGUCGGCUAUUCGCGGAGGUCUUACGCUCAGAGACGAUAUCACCAGGAAGUUUUGGACAACGCGAAGAUGACUUAGACUUUGAAGAUAAAUACUGUUCAAGCAAGUCCCCGGGACGAGGUAGAAGGAGUUCGAAAGCCGCUGCCCACGCUUUUGCAUCCACCUCUGCUGCUGCCUCGGCGUCAACCGCAACGGCGAUGAGAAGAGAGCGCGAUGAUGUCGAGCUGGUUGAUCUGCGCGGCAGAUUGAUCGAGAUUGAGGGUAAUGGCGAGCAGGCUGAAGUAGAUGUAAAUGCAUCGCAGGAUGCAGAUCAACAUCGAACUGACAACGAAACAAGAACGCUGCACUUCGACGAUUUGGAGCCUUUUCUCGGAGAAGGUGUUGUGGAACCCGGAUUUGAAAAGUUUCCGCGCUCUUGCGGAUUGAAGUCGUCAGCGGGUGCAGGUCUUAACGUGGACGACUUCACGAGAAAUGUGAUGUCGGAGGACGGUGAUACAACAGUCGAGCAGAAACACGCAGCGGCAAUGGGUCAUGAACAUCUUCAGAUGAACGAAGCCGCUGUUCGUCGUCAAGUUCGUGAAUCCGUGUCGUCGCUGGCUGACGAGUUCGAGCGCGCGGUUGAUCACACCAGUGAGAAGACCCCUGCACAGCUUUUUCUGCAGGAGAAUCGAGAGCGAUUACUACAAAAAGCGGAAGCUUUCUACGUCGAGCGCGAGGCACGCGAACUGACAACAAAAGUUGAGGAGGACUGGGCCUACUACCAUGAACCUGUCGUUCGUCCACCCAAGGGACAUUUAUGGUCUAUGACCGACGAUCGAAAAAAUGACUUCGAAGCAGCUUCGUUUUCUGGGAACUCCGGAGCUACGCCCUCUACUUCGUCGUCAGCAUCUGCAAGUGCGUCUUUUUAUGCUGCCGACCAUGAGGUUCGUCCUGAAGACUUUCAGUUUGGGGUGUUACCUAGUGUGGAGCUGCUGAAGAAUCUACUACUGCAGGAGGAAGCUGUAGAUGUCCGCACUGUGGAUCUAGCAGCCUGCGGACGCCGAGACAUUGGCACUGCUGCCAUUUUAGCCACUGGUCAGACAUCCGAUCACAGCAUUCGUAUGGGUCGUCUUCUUGCCCGCACCAUUCGAGCCCUCGAGGUACCGUUCGUGACCCCCUACUUUAAGAGCUCUUCUCCAAUCGCACCAUCCAAUACUACUGAACAAGAAUAGCAAUAGAAGCAUUACUAGCAUUUUCAUUGGCGGCUUUUUUAUUACAGUCCCAUAAAUGCGUAUGCCAAGGUGGACAAGGACAACGAACUAGCACUCGGAUACAGUCUUUGAGCCUCUAAUCGCUGUUGGCAGCAGCGAAAAGACGAGUGGAUCCACUGCCGGUUGGGUCCGAUCGCAGUUCACAUUUUCACACCCAAAUCUCGGCCUCUCUACGAUCUGGAGCAUUUAUGGACCAGUCCUGAGACCUUCUUUCGUCCCGGUGACUUCCCGCAUUUCGUACUAGAUUCUAUGGAGUACGCGUUGCGCAACCGACUCACGGAACCCGAUGAUAGGGCUAGCGAGCUCCUCGAAAAGGUCUUUGACUCGGAAAGCGACAGCACGCAAGAAAUCGCUGAUCUACUUGAUCCGGAUCAAGGCAAAUAGACGAGGAGCACUUUCAUUAUACCAGAGCAGUUUACAGCACGCAUGGAGCGCAUGGAGCGCAGAUCCAUAAAGGACGCAAGAAGCGCCCUCUUUAGCUCCAUGCAACUCCGUUCGAUCCAUGCAACUCCAUUCGAUCCACGCACUCCAUGCGCAUGCCGUGCGAGCUGCCGAACCUUAAUAUAUAGAGACUAUUCUGUUAUUAUACGGAAACGGAAGAGCAUUCUUCAAUACAAAUUGUCCCCUCUCAGACUCAAUUUCAUUGCUAUUGACAUGGACUUCGGCUGUUGUCUAUGUGAGACAAAUAUGCCGAAGAUGAAUGGUUCGUGUAAGCAUGCGCGACGAUCUGUUCUUGACAUGAUGUAGAUGAUGUCUUUCUUCAUACAACUUCGCGCUACGCUAUAUUUUGGUGAUACAACGGUCUACAGAGAUGAUGGAAGAGACUGUGGAUGCAUGUUGAUGAGGCAAAAAUAUGGGGACUCGAACUAAAAGAGCAUGCGCAAGCCGAAGAGCAAAAUUUACAU